AUGGCAGGCCCCAUGGGUAACGUAAUAUCGGGCCUGUUAGAGUUAAGGGGCGCCCUUGGAGUGCCAUGGGAAGUGGUCGGGAAACUUGAAGACAGAGACCCCGGACGAUUGAGCGUUGCGGCGGCGAAAGGUGUCCAGCAAUUUCUGCAGGCCCCCUUAAAACACGAUAGAUGCGGCCCGGCAGCAAGACGCCAUUGGGCCCGUGCCCGCCUCCAAUUGAGAAAUGGCUCCCCCGUCUGGAUAAAUCCCGGCUGCUGCGACAGGUUUCACCCCCCACCCGGCAGAACCGCCCGUCUUCCGCUCAUUGUGCGGACGCCCGGGCGGUGUAGAACUUUUCCGGCCGAGGUACCGGCCAACUUGCCUGGUGUAUGUUAG